AUGUAUGAGCGAAAUAAAGCAAUGCUUAUGCAAAUGUUUCAAACAGAGGAACAAUACACGCAAGUAAUCAAUCUUCUAGAUAUCUUUGAAAAGUGGAGUUUGAUUGAUUUUUCAACUGUCGAAACUAUGAGAAAGACGUUUGAAGAAGUGGACAAGGACGAAGAGUUUAUAUUUGAUGUUGUUUCAACGAAUUGGAAGGUAUUUAAUCAAUGCAAAGACAUUCCGAUUUCUAAGGAUCAAUUCAUGACCUUGUCUACCAAGCCUACGAGAAUUGCUAGUCUAAGUUGCUUUGGUCGAAAAGGUUGGGAAAGAUUAUUCAAACAAAUUCGAAGAUUGAAUCCACCUGUUAAGAAAGAAAACCUUGGAUCAUUGCAAGCUGAUACAAUUAUAGAAGAAACUAAAGAUGAAUCAUUGACUGAUGUUAAACCACCAAAAGAAGAAACAUCUUCUUCAACACAAAUAUAUCAGGCUGGCCCUCAUGUAAUUAAUUACACCCAUUCCGACAAAGAAGAAGAAAUUUCAGCAGGUGAGCUUCAUGAAACAAGGCAUAAUAGAAAAUACAUUGCCAAUUACUUCAAGAAAGAAAUGGAGAUCUUUUUAGCGAAAAAGAUGAGAGGAAUGUUAGAGAUUUUUCAAGACGAAAUUAAGGAUGAUUUAGGUAAGGUCGCCAACAACAUUGGCACUUCGUAUGAACUGGUCUUUACCCAACAUUUAAAAGACAAUCAUCCAAACUACAAGUUAAACUGUGGUUAUGGUAUGGCUGUCGAUUUUACCAAGAUCAAAAAACAAGAAAGAGAAAAUUGGGAAAAGUUUAUGAAAAUAAUGGUAACAAAGAACUUCCUUACCGAGAAUGAAAUAACAUUGUUAUCAUUAGACACAAACGAAGUAGAAUUCAACUUCUUGAUGGAAGAUACGGUUGCUAAUUUUAAAAUAAUUGAUGCCAGUAUUUCUUUAUUUCAAAAACAGGCUCAACUAUUGAAAAACUUAAUACAAAUAGAAAGGAAAUUGAUGGCCUUUAAUUUAACAAAAGGAUGUGCUUAUUUGAAGGAGGUUUGGUUGUAUUCUCCAACCGAGGUCAAUAUUUCUAGAUUGGAAACAUGUUGUAAAAUAGCAAAACAACAUGGAUUUACUUUGAAACAUGUUGAAUCCCAUGUCAGAGCCAGAACAUUUAAUACUUCGAAGUAUAGAAAUAAGAUAUUGAUGGACAAUUGA